AUGAAUGUUACAGAAAAUAGCCCUACCAAUGCUAUUGAUAUUAAUGAUGAGGAGUCAGUUGACAUUUCAAUGGGUAUUGAUGCAGCAAAUACUGAAAAUACAGAAGAGAAAGAGUUAAGCCCUACAAAGAAAAAAGUUAGAGCCAAUGUGGGUAAGCGUAGACUAAGAUCUCCUGCUUGGGAAUCAUUUGAUUUACUGCCCGUUGAUGAAGAUAACAAAAAACGUGCUAAAUGUAAACAUUGUGGGGUUGUAUAUGUGUGUGAUAGUAGGUAUGGGACAGGAAAUUUGUUGAAUCAUGCUAAAAAUUGUGUUAAGAAGCCUUAUGGUGAUGUGAAGCAAUUACUUAUGUCAUCUUCAGGAUUGCGUUCCCCGCAAUUUGAUUAUGUGAAAUUUCGUGACUUGUUAAUAGAGGCGAUCAUCAAGCAUAAUUUGCCUUUUAGUUUUGUUGAAUAUGAGGGAAUUAAGGCUUUGUUUGCAUAUGUCUCUCCUGAUAUUAAGCUGCCAUGUAGAAAUACUGUUAAGGCAUCUUCUGGAUUUUUUAACUCCAAGGACAUUGCUGAAGAAUAUGUGUAUACUGGAGUUGGGUUGUUGGCUGGAACAUCAAUUUUGCUCUUAACAAUACUUUGGGGGACGUGUGUAAUUGUCAGCAGCCAAGACUUUCCAAAUAAACUAAGUUUCAAGGCUUCCACUGAUUCAAAUUCCUCUCCACCUUUGUCAUGGAAAAGACUACCUGCAUCCUUGACAGGUUGUGGUAUUACUACGGAUGUAGAGACCAGCCGCCUUGCAAGGAUUAUGAUUUGUUCAGGAGCACCAUUUCUUAUAAUGCAAAGUGCAAAUAUCUUCCAAUCCUCUUCCAAGGAACGCAUUUUCAUCUUGAUUGCUCUCUGUGUUUCUGUUUUCUUCCUAUUACUGUACUUUAUUUAUCAGAUCUGCCAUCCUUGGGUUCAGAAAAGAAGAUUAGAGUUUGUCAAACAUGGGCAUUUGGUGUCAAGCAUUUUACAACAUGUGCAAAAACAUGCAUUAGGGAGAGUCCUCACUGUCAAAGGGGCACCGGAUUUAUAUGCUAUCAGAAGGCUAUUUGAGGAAGUGGAUGAAGAUGGUCACAAUUAUAUAUCGCUUUCUGAAGUGAAAGAACUUCUCCAUGAAAUCAAAUUCAUAUCAACAGAAGACGAUAAGGAUAAAGGAACAGCAGAAGUGAUGAAACAGUUUGACCUGGAUCAUGAUGGGAAAAUCACUAAAGAUGAAUUCAUCAAUGGCUUCACAAAGUGGAUUGAUGAGAUCAAGGCAGUGCAUAAACAAAAUACCCACAGAUCGUUGGAGAACAUAUAUGAGGUCUUUCAACCUUGGAUUGAAAAUAGAAGAAGAGAACGUGAAAUGAAGAAGAAUCUAAUGUCAGAAGUACUAAGACAUGUCCAAAGCAAUUCACUCGGAAGCAUUCUCACAGAAGAUGGCAUGCCUGAUAUACCAAAUAUUAGAAGGUUGUUUGAAAAGAUUGAUCUUGAUGGAAAUAAUAGUAUAUCACAAGCAGAACUAAAAGAACUGAUCGCGGAUAUCAAGUUUGGUAAGAUUCCAGGGGACGUGGAUGAAUCAGUUGUGAAAUUGAUAGAAGAACUUGACACAAGUGGAGACAAAAUGAUCAGUGAGGAAGAAUUUGUUACUGGAUUAACAAAAUGGAUAAAUAAAUCCAAUGGUACUCAACCCCCCUCCUCGUCCUAUGAAUCUGAAGACGAUAUCUAUCAAAGAACUUGGGAAGAAACAGAUAGGUUGGUGGAUGAAGAGAAAAGCAAGGGUGGAUCAGCUGUAGACAAGUCAAUAUGGGAUUGGUUGAAGGCCAUUACAUAUUUGGUGCUUGGAUUUGUUGUUUUAGCAGUUCUAGCAGAGCCUCUUAUAUAUAGUGUUCAGGCUUUUUCCAAAGCUGCAAGCAUUCCUUCUUUCUGUGUAGCAUUUGUGCUUGUCCCCUUGGCAACAAAUGCUAGGCAAGCCACUUCAGCAAUUAAAGCAGCUUUUAAAAAAACACCAAGAACCACUUCUUUGACAUUUUCUGAGAUUUAUGGUGGAGUUUUUAUGAACAAUGUGCUGGGAGUUUCUGUGCUUCUAGCAAUAAUUUAUGCUCGUGAAAUGACAUGGGAAUUUUCUGCUGAAUUAUUGGUGGUUCUAAUUGUCUGCACUGUAAUGGGUGUCAUUGCAAAUUUUGUUUCAACCUUUUCUCUCUGGACAGCCUUCUUGGCCUACCUGCUGUACCCUGUUUCAUUGCUUUUAGUCUAUCUUCUCAAUGACGUUCUCAAAUAUACUUGAUUGAUACUCAAAUUACCUGAAGUGUGAAGGAUAUUAUUAUUUUUGUAACUUAUUAGCAGGCACGUG